UCAAUUAAUAAUAAUAAAAAAAAAACUUGUUUCUCUCUCUUUUUCUGAAGAGUCCGUUAUGCAAACCCUAACUGAAUAGUUAGUUUUUUUUUCGAAAAAUUGAAAUUAAGAAAAGAAAAUGAAGAGCAAGAAACCAUUGAAGCAACUGAAGCUCUCUGUUCCUGCUCAGGAAACCCCUAUCUCUUCUUUCCUGACGGCGAGUGGGACAUUUCAUGAUGGUGAUUUGCUUCUUAAUCAGAAAGGCUUGCGGCUCAUUUCCGAGGAAAAAGAAUCUCGACCUUCUGACGGCAAGGAGCUUGAUUUUGAUUUCUCAUUGGAAGACCUUGAGACCAUCAAAGUUAUUGGGAAGGGAAGUGGUGGUGUAGUACAACUUGUUCGCCAUAAAUGGGUUGGAAGAUUAUUUGCCUUGAAGGUCAUCCAAAUGAACAUACAAGAGGAAAUUCGUAAGCAAAUUGUGCAGGAGCUUAAAAUAAACCAGGCAUCACAAUGUUCACAUGUUGUAGUUUGCUACCAUUCUUUCUAUCACAAUGGAGCCAUAUCUCUUGUGCUAGAAUACAUGGACCGUGGAUCUCUGGCCGAUGUGAUCAGACAAGUUAAAACGAUUCUUGAACCAUAUCUUGCAGUUGUGUGUAAGCAGGUCCUACAGGGUCUUGUCUAUUUGCACCAUGAAAGGCAUGUAAUACACAGGGACAUAAAACCAUCCAAUCUACUGGUAAACCAUAAAGGGGAAGUGAAGAUCACUGAUUUUGGUGUCAGUGCAAUGCUAGCUAGCUCCAUGGGCCAGAGAGAUACAUUUGUAGGAACUUACAACUACAUGUCGCCAGAGAGAAUUAGUGGGAGCACUUACGACUAUAGCAGUGAUAUUUGGAGUUUGGGCAUGGUCGUGCUUGAGUGUGCUAUUGGACGUUUCCCGUAUAUGCAAUCUGAAGAUCAGCAAAGCUGGCCUAGCUUUUAUGAGCUUUUGCAGGCAAUUGUGGAAAAGCCUCCACCAACUGCUCCACCAGAUCAAUUCUCUCCAGAGUUCUGUUCAUUUGUAUCAGCCUGCAUACAGAAGAACCCUCGAGACAGAGCAUCUUCUUUGGACCUCUUGAGUCAUCCCUUCAUCAAAAAGUUCGAAGGCAAAGACAUUGAUCUUGGGAUUUUGGUAGGUAGUUUGGAACCUCCAGUGAAUUACCCAAGAUAAUCUGCCUUGUAGUAAUAUGUUUUUGAAUGUAAAAUGUUCUGGUCGAGCAUCACUCUUUAUCUUGUUCAAACAUACAUAAAGAAUUUCUUGUAGCAAUUUCCACCUUAUGCUCUUAUA